AUGACGGCAGGUGGUGGCUCGUUGGUCGUGAUCAUGGCAGCAAUGCUAACGGCCACCUUAAUCUGUGUAGCAAGCGGCAAAACUAUGGUACAAGUUACCAACUUGAUUGAAUACGAUAAGUCGAUGGUUAUUCAUUGCCGGUCAUUAGAUGAUGAUUUGGGACGACGUACACUUUUAUAUGGUCAAUCGAUGGAGUGGAGGUUUAAACCAAACUUUUCGAAAACCACAUUAUUUUAUUGCAACUCAUGGUGGGAGACAGGCGUUAUGUUGCAAAUUCAUUUCGAUGCGUAUGAUUACAUGAGGGAUCAUUACAGAUGUGGCUCAAACUGUCGAUGGUUGUUUACCGUCAAUGGCAUCUAUAUAACUCGAAGCAUGACUCGUGGGAGUUUAAAUUUUCUUGGUAUUCAUAGUUAUUUCACUAGUUUUUGUCAGCCUACAUGA